UUUCCCCGAUUCCUCGGAUGUGCUUCGCAAUAAGAGCAUGAUGACACAAUUCAAUUUAUGUUUUUACUCCCGAUACAAGUCAUCGUCGUCCGCGUCAAUUGUCGUCGAUUGUUGACUAUGUCAUGCUGAUAUAAUGUGUGCAAAUAAGUGUCAUUAAUCAAGGAAAGACAUAAGUAUGGCGCGUCCGAAGCACAAAGCGAGCGCGGAUGUAUGUGCAGACUGUGGGGCACUCGAGCCAGGAUGGGCAUCGAUAAAUAGAGCUAUUUUAUUAUGUGACGAUUGUUGUGGGAUUCAUCGUAGUCUAGGACGUCAUGUAUCUCAUAUCAAGUCGUUGCACAAGAGUGCUUGGAAUACACAUUUAUUGAAUAUGGUACAUACUUUAAAUGAUAAUGGAGCUAAUAGCAUUUGGGAACAUUCUCUGCUGGAUCCUAGCAGCUUAAAAAUUAGUAGAAGAAAGCCUCAGGCUAAGGAUUCUUUACAUCCUGUAAAGGCAGAUUUCAUUAAAGCAAAACAUCAACUCCUGGCAUUUAUAUUACGACCAAGCAAGGAAGAAUGUUGUACCGAAGAGGAACUCAGUAGGCAGUUACAUAGUAGUGUCCGUACAAGCAAUUUAGAAACUUCAUUGAGGCUAUUGGCACAAGGUGCUAAUCCUAAUUAUUUUUAUAAGGAGAAAGGAACCACACCUUUACACGUUGCAGCUCGUGCCGGACAAAAUCUCCAAGUAGAACUUUUAAUAGCUAAUGGUGCAGAUCCAAGUGUAGUUGAUCUAAAUGGACAAAUAGCUGCUGAUAUUGCUAAGAUGGCAGGACACAUAGAUUUGUCAGAACGCAUAAUUGAAUGUAUGUAUGAAGUAACAGAUAGAUUGACAUAUCACAUAUGCUCUCGUAAGCCAAAUCAUCAAGGUGAUGAACAUCUUAUCAUUUCUGAUUUAAUCACCAGCUUAGACAAAAGUGAACCAGCUGUGGAAGGAAAAAAUAGAUUACAAAUGUUGUCAAAUCACUUAUUGAAGGAAUUAACUAUGGAUGUUUAUGAUGAGGUAGAUCGUCGAGAAACAGAAGCAAUCUGGUUUUCAACUGCAUCUCUCCCAGAGAAGUGUGCUGUUCCAUUUCUCCCAGUUAAUCCACAAUUGUCAUCUACCAGAAAUCAAGGAAGACAAAAAUUAGCAAGAUUUACACCAAAAGAAUUCACUACACUUAUAGCAGAUUUACUGAUUGAGGCAAAUCGAAGACAUAUACUUGCCAAUAAUGCAUUUCAAAAUCCUGCGGUAUCUAUGCAUAAAGAGCAACUCGGUAAACAUGGAUCACAAAUGUCUGAUGAUGAACCUUUAUACGAUAGUGUUGCAUCCGAUGAUGAUUAUGCUGCUUUAACAUCUACAGAUAACAACUCGUCUGAUGUCGCAAAACAAAUUAAAAUUAAUAAUAAGGAGGCAUUUGCACCAAUGGCCAAAGGUCUUCCAUCUAUGGUAGAAGUUUUAAAAAAACAAUUAACUUUAUCUGAAUCAACUGUACGAGAUCUCCGCGAGCAGAUACAUACGUUACAAAUUACUAUUGAGCAACUUACUCAAGAAAAUAGCGAGCUCAAACGUAUGCUACAAGUAAAAGGUUCUAAUGAUGACAACAUAAACGGGCAUGUCGGAGGAGAACAGGAACCUGAAUUAGAGCCAGUACACGAUAUCAAAACGUCCACUAUACGUGGAAAUCAACGACCGGCAUCUAUGUACGAGACGAGAGAAGGCUUACGGAAACCAGCAUCGUGGUCAACGACUAUUUGUCAAACGAAACGCGACACAGAGGUCUUAUCGCGGAAUAACACACAGAGUCUGUGGGAAUAUGGUGCGCCUAAUUUGCCACCCAACGAAGAAGUGAACAGGCGAACAGAACAAGUCACCAGACGAAUUCAAGAACUGUGGAUGGCUAUGCAAGAUCCGAGCCAACGAGAAGCUUUUGUCCCUUGUGCCGAGAGGAUACGCGUUGCUGUUGCCGAGUUAACUGCCAUAUUUCCUCAAAAUCCACUGGAGGAAAAUAUCAAAUCUGCCUUACGUCAGUUAAAUGGCAAUACUGGGAGGCUUCAAGCGGAAUGCUCCGGUCUUCAAAGAUGCACCAGUGAUGCUGAACACAUGGAUCGUUGUCUGCAGCAAGUACGUUCAUGCGCUUAUGAUAUUGCCAAAGCAACUAAGCUACUUGUUACGCAGUUUCAAACAUAGGUUUUUUUCGCAGAAGUAUCGGAACUUAAAAUAUAUAUAUUUCUAUAUGUCUGUAGCAAAUGUAAAUACUUUUGCAUAGCACAUCAAGCUUAUUAGAAAUUUUUCCUUUCAGGCUUUAAUUAUAUAAUCAUUGUAAUAUG